CCCUCACCAUAUAAGCCCCACUCACCCACACGCAUCGAUCGUUGGCUAGGCGACAGUUUUCCGGUUUUUUUCUCCAAACAGGUCAAGGCAAGUAAAAUGGCGUCGGCGGCUGCACCCACGACCUUUUCUCUCCUCUCCUCGUCCUCGUCCUCGUCCUCGUCCUCAUCGUCCUCCGCCUCUCGCUCCGCUCUCCUCCGCCUCCCCACCUCGGGCCUCCGCUCCCCCGGCCUCCGCCGCCUGGGCUUCGCCGCUGCCGACCCAUUCUUGGCUGCUCAUGUCGCUUCCAAGCUCCGAUCUUUGAGCGGGAAGGGAAGCAGAGGGGUGGUGUCAAUGGCCAAGAAGAGCGUGGGCGACUUGACCGGCCCUGCCUUGAAGGGGAAGAAGGUGUUCGUGAGGGUCGAUCUUAAUGUGCCCCUCGACGACAACCAGAACAUCACUGACGACACCAGGGUCCGCGCCGCCAUCCCCACCAUCAAGCACUUGAUCCAAAAUGGCGCCAAAGUCAUCCUCUCCAGCCACUUGGGCCGACCAAAAGGGGUGACACCAAAGUACAGUUUGGCACCUCUUGUUCCGAGGCUAUCCGAACUCCUUGGCAUUCAGGUCAUAAAAGCAGAUGACUGCAUUGGCCCUGAGGUAGAAAAGUUGGUGGCUUCACUGCCUGACGGCGGUGUUCUUCUUCUUGAGAAUGUGAGAUUUUACAAAGAGGAAGAAAAGAACGAACCUGAGUUUGCCAAGAAGCUGGCGUCAUUGGCAGAUCUGUAUGUAAAUGAUGCAUUUGGAACAGCACACAGGGCUCAUGCUUCUACUGAGGGGGUUACUAAGUUUUUGAAGCCCUCCGUUGCUGGCUUCCUUUUGCAGAAGGAGCUAGACUAUCUUGUUGGGGCUGUGUCUACCCCCAAGAGACCAUUUGCUGCCAUUGUGGGUGGCUCAAAAGUCUCAUCCAAGAUUGGUGUGAUUGAAUCUCUUCUAGAGAAGUGCGACAUCCUUCUUUUGGGUGGUGGCAUGAUCUUCACCUUCUACAAGGCACAAGGUCUCUCUGUUGGUUCUUCCUUGGUGGAGGAAGAUAAGCUGGAUCUUGCAACAUCGCUCCUUGAAAAGGCCAAAGCAAAGGGAGUUUCUCUAUUGUUACCCACUGAUGUGGUUAUUGCAGACAAGUUUGCUCCAGAUGCAAACAGCAAGAUUGUGCCAGCAUCUGGUAUUCCUGAUGGCUGGAUGGGAUUGGAUAUUGGACCUGACUCUAUUAAGACAUUUAAUGAAGCUCUGGGAACUACCAAAACUGUCAUCUGGAAUGGACCCAUGGGAGUGUUUGAGUUUGCAAAAUUUGCCGCUGGAACUGAGGCUAUUGCAAAGAAGCUAGCAGAGCUCAGUGCUGCAGGAGUGACGACCAUUAUUGGAGGAGGGGACUCUGUUGCAGCUGUGGAGAAAGUUGGAGUUGCUGAUGUGAUGAGCCACAUAUCUACCGGUGGUGGUGCCAGUUUGGAGUUGUUGGAAGGCAAAGAACUUCCUGGUGUUGUUGCCCUAGACGAAGCCACUCCAGUUCCUGUGUGAGAUUAACCUGAGGUUAAAUUAUUUUUUGGGCGACCUACCUUUAUUCAAGUUGGAAUAAAUUCUUGUAGAAAAAAAAGCAAUUUCUGUAGGAAAUGUUUUCUUUUGACGUGAAUAGUCAUAUGGCCAGGACUUGAAAUUCUCAGCAGUUGUAUGUACCAAUGGAUGAGUCAUCUAAAUUGGCGAGUCUCAUGAGCUUGUGUCUAUUACAUCAGUGAGUGAAUGAAAGUGCUUGAGCA